UCAUAUGUUGUUGUCUCUUUGUCCUCUUCAGUUAUUACUCCACAAAUUUUUUUAAACCAAAUAAACUGUGUAAACUUCUUCCCGUCGGUUUUGUUUCUUCUUUCAGCUUAUUUCUCCGCCAUUGUUCCGCUUUUCUUGAAAUAAUAUAUAUUCUUUGUAUACACUUUACACAGCACAUAUAUAUCCGUACUCUAUCUGUAUGUAUAUAACCGUCCACCAUCUUUGAAGCGAUCAAGAAUAACAAGAAAUUUCUGGGUUUUACUUGCCUUGUCUGAACCAUUAGAGAAACCAAGAAAAGAAGGAGGAAUCGGGUUUCAUGAAAUGUGCUUGAUUAAAAGAGUAAUAAAAGAAAAUUGAUCACGUGUUUGACUUCUGCUUUCCCCUAAAAAAGUGGGGAUUUCCCUUUUGGAGCCAGCUUUCAUAUCCAAGUUGAUGCAGAUUUUUUAAAUCUUUUGUUCACAUGAUACCUGGUUAAAGGAACUAAAUAAAAUCCAGUAAUUGAAGCCAUUCUUCUAUUUUUACCGGAAGACAAUGGGUUAUGGUAAUUCAAGAUCUGUAAGGUUUAGAGAUGAUCUUGAAUUAGCCAAGCACCCAACAGUUAAUGGAGAUGGAUUAAGUAAGUUUACAUACAACAUUGAUGUAACACAGGUAUCUGAGUCUAGUUCUAAGAAAUCCGAGAAGGAGGCAACGAAGAAGAGUGUAAAGUCAUUGAAAUCUAAAGUACUAUCAAGAGUUUUCUCUGAGGAUUAUGACAGAGUAAAGAAGAAGAUAUUAGACCCUCGAGGACCCAUAAUUCAUAGAUGGACUAAGAUUUUUUUAAUAGCUUGCUUAGUUUCUUUGUUUGUUGAUCCUUUAUUCUUUUACUUGCCAGUAGUCUCCAAGGACUCUUGCAUACAUAUUGGAAUACCCCUUGAAGUAUCCCUUACAAUUGUUAGAACAAUAGCUGAUAUCUUUUACAUGAUUCAGAUUUUCAUUCGUUUUAGAACUGCUUAUGUUGCGCCUUCUUCUCGUGUUUUUGGGAGAGGGGAGCUUGUUAUAGAUUCUAAAAAGAUUGCAGAAAGGUACUUUCAAAUGCAUUUCUUGAUCGACCUUGUUGCUGCCCUGCCUCUUCCUCAGGUUUUGAUUUGGUUUGUUAUCCCCAAUCUUGGUGGUUCAACAAUGACAAACACCAAAAAUGUACUUCGCUUCAUAAUUAUUUUUCAGUACCUUCCAAGACUUUUUCUCAUCCUUCCACUUUCAUCAAGAAUUAUUAAGGCUAAUGGUGUCGUGACCGAAACAGCCUGGGCAGGAGCUGCUUAUAAUCUGAUGCUAUACAUGCUAGCAAGCCAUGUAAGUGCAAAGGAACUCUUCAUUUUUAUAAAUAUUUUAAUGGAUGGAAUCCUCAACUUGUUCUAUACUUUCUUCGGUAAAAAGGUUUUAGGAGCUUGUUGGUAUCUUCUGGCAAUUGAACGACAAGAAGCAUGUUGGAGAAGUGUUUGUAAUUUGGAGAAGGCGUCUUGUAGAUACGAAUAUUUUGAUUGCCAUCAAUUGCAUGACCCAGUUAGGGAGUACUGGUUCAAAUCAAGCAAUGUCACAAACCUAUGUAAUCCAGAUAAUAGUUACUAUCAGUUUGGAAUAUUUGGUGAUUCUUUGACAUUCGGUGUUACAAUUGCCACGUUUUUUGACAAAUACUUCUAUUGUCUUUGGUGGGGCUUAAAGAAUCUGAGUUCAUUAGGGCAAAAUCUCUCCACAAGUACUUAUGUAGGUGAAAUAAUAUUUGCCAUCAUUAUCGCAACAUUAGGCCUGGUUCUUUUUGCAUUGCUCAUUGGGAAUAUGCAGAGAUACCUACAAUCAACGACAGUUCGUCUAGAAGAGUGGAGAAUAGGGAGAACUGACACAGAACAAUGGAUGCAUCACAGACAACUGCCACCAGAGCUUAGACAAUCGGUUAGGAAAUAUGAUCAAUACAAGUGGGUUGCCACCAGAGGAGUUGACGAAGAAGUUCUUCUCAAAGGUCUUCCGAUGGAUCUCCGAAGAGACAUCAAGCGCCACCUUUGCCUUGAUUUAGUUCGACGAGUCCCAUUAUUUGAUCAAAUGGAUGAAAGAAUGCUGGACGCUAUAUGUGAGAGGCUAAAACCUGCAUUGUCAACUGAAGGCACAUUUCUAGUGCGUGAAGGUGAUCUUGUUAAUGAAAUGCUUUUCAUAAUCCGAGGCCAUCUUGAUUCUUACACUACUAAUGGAGGUCGAACUGGAUUUUUCAACUCAUGCCGAAUUGGUCCUGGUGAUUUUUGUGGAGAGGAAUUGCUAACAUGGGCAUUAGACCCUCGACCAAGCAUCAUCCUUCCAUCAUCUACUCGUACGGUCAAAGCCAUUUCAGAAGUUGAAGCAUUUGCAUUGAGAGCAGAAGACUUGAAAUUUGUAGCCUCACAAUUUAGAAGACUACAUAGCAAGCAACUAAGACAAAAGUUCAGAUUCUACUCGCAUCAAUGGCGAACAUGGGCUGCGUGUUUCAUACAAGCAGCUUGGAGAAGAUAUAAGAAAAGAAAGGAAGCAACUGAACUUAGAGCUAGAGAAAAUCCUACAGAAGCUGAGCCUGAAUCUGCAUAUGCUGUAAGGCUAGCAGCAAGCACUAGACGGACUGUUAUUAAGCAUUCUGCUUCGGAUUCUAAUAUAGUGCGAUCGCUGCAGAAGCCAGCAGAACCUGAUUUUUUAGUAGAGGAUGAUUGAAUUUUCAGGAUCUUUUUUUUCCAAUUCAUCCUUGCGUAGAAAUUAGAUUAUUUGAUGUACAUUAAUUUAUUAUUUUGGGAAAACAAUGAGGACUUCUUCAAGUUCUAUUGCUUCUGUUUAUAUGUUUAUAAGCAUCACAAGAUUAUAGUUUUAGAGGAUCUUGUUAGACAUUGAAGUUGAGUCUAAUUUUUCUGUUUUGUACUAUAAUAUAAAUGAACAAGUAUAUCCUUUUAUGUA